UGGCGAAACCCGGAGACAGACAGCAAACAAAGCUCAAGGAGACUUGCAGAGGGCUAACAGGAAAUAACAAUUCUCUUCUAAGUGCUGCAACUGAAAGCGUCUGAAAAUGUGCAAAGGAUUAGCUGCAUUACCUCAAACUUGUCUUGAAAGGGCCAAAGAGAUCAAGUCAAAGUUGGGAGUUUUGCUUCAGAAGCCUGAUAAUGCUAUCGACCUCAUCAUCCCAUACCCGGAGAAGGUUGACAAGAAGCCGGAGAAGCUGCAGAAGCCUACUCCUGAGGAGGCUGCUCAGUGGCGUGAGAGUCUGGAAGGAGUCCUGAACAACAGCUACGGCCUGGCUGCUUUCCGCAGUUUCCUUCAGUCUGAGUUCAGUGAUGAAAACAUCGAGUUCUGGAUGGCCUGUGAGGACUUCAAGAAGACAAAGAAUCCUAUGAAGAUGACUGCCAAGGCCAAAAAGAUCUAUGAAGACUUUAUCCAGUCAGAGGGACCCCGAGAGGUGAACAUUGACCACUUCACCAAGGAUGUGACCCUGAGGAACCUGGUGACUUUGUCAUCUUCUACCUUUGAUCUGGCUCAAAAGAGAAUUUAUGCCCUGAUGGAGAAAGACUCCUUUGGCCGUUUCCUCCGUUCUGACCAGUACCUGGAGCUUCUGGUCAACUAAGCCAAUAAAGAGUCCAGGAAGGUGGAGAGGUUUCAAACAGCAGCUGAUUUGUAAAAAUGAAGCCAAAUUCACAUAUUUGAUUCAAGCAAAUAUCUAUAAAGCACUCCUGCAUAGGACUGAGUAAAGAAUUUAACUAAUCUCAAAAUUAGGUUUCAAAAUUUGGCUCUAAAUUGAUAUAAAAUGACAAACUGCAUCUUGAAACAGCCCCAUCUUUCCACAUAACACAUGUUCCUGAAUUUCUAUCUGAACUGGAGAUUUUGGGGAAGUUGAUUUAACCUGUUACUGUUAAAGUUUCCCCUGGUAUAUUCGUCAGAUGUAUCUCCUCAAUAUUCAAAGUAACUGAAACAAAAAAAGCAGGAACAUUUUCAUUUUUCAAUUUGCUCCUUUAAUUUGGGAUGAGAAAAUAUCUGAAUACACUCUAAAAAAUUAUCUGUUACAUCUGUCAAAAUUGAUGAGAUAUUUCAAAAGUUGCUUUGCCACAAAUCCAUCAAUUUUUACCUUAGAACUUUAAGUUCUAAAACUUUCUACAUCAAUUAUUUUGUUUGUAAACAUUUAUAAAAAAAACGAAACGAUGACGAUGGCUUAAUCUUAUUAGGAAAUAGUUGCAUCUUCAACUAAGCCUUGAGAUUGUUAGUUGGUUUAAUUUCAGAGCAAAUAAUUAAUAAAAUAAGUAAUUUCACAAAAAAAGACUACGGUAUAUGCAUGCAAAUUGACAAACAUUAUUAUUUUCAUUCUUACUGACCAACAAAAUUCCUCUUAACAGAUAAUGGCCAGUUUAGAAAGUCGUCAUGAGAAAAAUGCAUUAAAAGUUUUCUAAAACUGAAAGUAUAUGACUAUAUCAUGCUUAUGUGAUUUUAACAAGAAGCCUCAGUAAACACAUAUGUUACAUAUAUUUUAGUAUCUGGGAGAGAAAUGAGUCAUUUAUCUAUAAGAAAGAUAUGCAAAGGAAGCUGUUGCAAGUCAAGGGCAAAAUCAUUUAAAGUCCUUUGUCAUCACAAUUUACUUACAAGUAUGAAGCUGUAUUAGUGCACAAAUAUGAAUUUUCCUGUUUCUCCACAUAACUGUUUCACAUUUCCAUUAUUAGCACACUUGGAUUAUUACCAAACCCACCUUUUAGUUGUAAUUCCUCCUGUGGGAGCAAUUCAUGAGAACAGUGCUGCUUAGCUGGCCCAGUGGUGCAACCCUUAGGUUGCCACUAAAAUGUAAGUCGCUAAGAUGGGAAAAUCAUUUAGGAGGGAAUCUCAAUUUUAUAAAUGGUAUAAACAGAGUUGUGGGUUUAUAUGAAGAAAGUUAUUUUUAUUUUCCCAUGUGAUAAAACUAAAGUUUUACUGCAAGUAUGCAUACCAGGUUCCUAAACGGUCCAGUUAAUAAAAACAUGGGAGAAGGAAUUUAAAGGUUUGCAGCACUUAAUAAUGCCACGCCAUGUAGACAAUUAUUUUUGCAAAUCCACUUAUUACAAGUUAACUUUAAGACUCAAAUGAAUAUCCACAAGAGAAACAUUAUCAAAAAUACAAAUCCUGUAGUUUUUUAUUUUAUUUUUUACAAUUAUCUCCAUCAUACAGCAUUUAAACCACAAGUCAUCAAUUUUUUUAAGUCACAAGAAAUCAUAAAUCACCCAGGUACACUUGGUCAAGAUAAUCUGAUAUAAUGGAGAGGUUGUUGUAAGAGUGCAAUGUUUAAGUGUAAAGUGUUUUGCAAUGAGUUGAUUAUUGACAAAUGUAUUCAUCAUCAAAUGUGAUUAUAUGUACUCUUUUUUUUCAUUUUAAAUUUAGAAAUCAUUAUAUUUUAACCACCACUGAAAACAAAUCUAUAUUCGAUAUAUUCAGCAUUUUAAGCCCUUAACAUGCCAAAACAGCUCACUAAUGUCAGAUGGUAUAUUUUAAAAAAUAUUUUCAAGUCACUAACUGAAUUUUAAACAUCCUAUAUUCUGCACUAAAUGACAAGUACAACAAUUAUCCAAUCAUUUUGGAGAGAAUUGGCUACAUGGUCUAUAGGAGCACAGAUUGACCAGUCUGGUAGUUCAGAAUCCUAGAACUACAAGCAGAGAAAUCCUUGGAAUAUCAUAAAAUAUACAAUGUAAGAGCUUUAAUAAUGCUGAAUAUAUGCAAUUGCAUGUAGCCUUGCAUGUAUGUUUUGUAGUGGAUCACAUAAAAUAUAUAUAAUGCAUACAAUUGUUGAAGAUGCAUUUAUUUAUAUUUGUAAAUAUCUAUCUAAGUUAUUCUAAAUACAACAAUGGAGUCAAUGAUUCUUUUCAUGGAGAGCUGCAGAGAGCUCAUAGCAUCUUUCUACUGUUAUAAAAACAAAAUUUGAC